AUGAGUGGCAAAUCUGGGCAAAAUAACGGUAAAUCGAAAUUAGAGCAUUAUAGAAAGUAUUUACAAGAUAAUGGGUUCCCACAUGAGCAUCUACUUUCGGAUAAUAAGGAACCUGGGUAUAUUGUAAAGCACCAUGAUCAGGCUUAUUUGAAGUUGGGGUUACAGGAUAAUUAUCGCUUCAACGACCAUCAGCAGCCAUAUCACAUGUAUCUGCUUCCUUUUGCAUCGAGCUCAAUUAAUUUCAACAAUUCGGUUAUUUCUCAUGCUUUUUAUUUGUUCAUGACCAUGAUCCUGGCGGUAAUAAUCUUGGCAGCGUUGAUGUUUGGUAUUAGAGAGUAUUUGGUGGUGCUCAAUGGGAAAGCAAGGUCGGCGCAUGGUGAUGGUCAAAAAUUGAGUGAAUGGAAUUUGGCAAAUUUGAAAAGUGACGCAAAAGAGGACGAAUUGCAGAGUCUUGAUAAGGUGAUUCAGGAUGGUGAGAAAUUGCAAAUCGAGGAUAGUGAAGACUCGGGGCUAACCAAGUUUAAUGAUGGCUUUGAAAAUGUGGAAAAAGGGGGGGACGACGACGACGACCAAAACCAAAACCACAACCACAAUCAGUGGACUACUCCACGCAAAUACAAUUUGCAAAGUAACAUUGUAAGCCCCGUAAGCACCAUUUCCGAAAAAAAUACAGUGAGUAAUACUACAGCUGGGUUCAGUGACAAGUCUAUAACCAAAUAUAGGAAAAAAUACUUGAUGCUCUUGCCCAAUAUGGAGCAGCAGCAGAAACAUUUGUAUGGUUCAAUAACUCAGCGAUAUUCAAUUGAGGAAAUGAUGAAAUUAAGGGUUCAAAAACCGGUUACUGAUCUUUCUUUCAACACAUCUUCAGUAAAGCAAAAAGUUAGAAUGUCGCAAGUGUUGAGUUCUUCAAUCAAAAUACCGGCAACAAGGUUUAGAAACGCGUGGAACGCUUCCAAGAUGGUUGUGGAGUUGAAGUUGACUUUAUUGCAAGCAGAAUGCAAAGUAGAAAAGAUAUUGGCAAUUUUGCAAUUGUGUUCUAUUGCCAAGGCCUACUCGCUUUUAGAUAAUCCUACAAUCUUUUUGCAUGCUUUUAAUGAGUGUAUUGAGGAAAUUGUUGACUCGGGUGCAGUUUUUGAGUUGAUGUUUAUCUGUACCGCGACUCUUAAAACGUUGUUGACCGAGUGUUUGCUCUCAUACUGCUGGUCUCAUGCAAAGUUUCAUGAUUACGAAGCGAAAAAUUCCCAAAUUAAGCAACAGUUUAAAAAAUGGAACAUUCAUCUGCCUUUGGUGCAGACAAAAGCUACCGUUUUUAAGAUUUUGUGUAAUCUCCAAUUGGGGAUGUACACCGUUGGUCAGAGCCAGAAUGAUUGUGAGCUAAAGCUCGGGCUACUUGUGAGGACAUUUAUCAACCAGAGUCAGUGUAAUGAUUACAUCAACUACCUUCCAUUAAUUGCAAAAGCAGUUGACGUUGCAGAUAGGGACGAAAUUGUAUAUUUUUUUUACCAAAUCACCAAAUUUUUGGUUUUAAAACAUGGCAAAUGUUGUAUGGGAGAAUAUAUUCAAGAUGCAAAUUUGGAUUUAAAGACUCUUGUACAAUAUGGAAUGCAAAUAUUCCACCUGGAGCGGGUGAGACGUAAAACGCAGGAAAUUUAUACUAUAUUACGUGAGAGCCACCCGAUAGUUGAAUCAUGGAAACCAGAAACUAUUAUUGCGAAUCAAGAGAAAAAUGCAACAACAACAACAACAACUGUUUUGCCCUUAUCUAGUGAAUAUGCAGAGAGAUACUUUACACCAACUAUCAAAGAAGAAAAAGGCACAAAGAAGAAGGAUGUAGAGUUUGAAAAUUAUACACCAGACUCUUGGAAAAUGGGUCUACUAACUUCGAGGGAUGCCCGAACACCACCACCAGCACUAGCACCACCCAGAUAA